GCGUUCUGCUCAGUGGCGUUCCGUGCGUGCUGGCGAGCGCAGUCUGAAUUAGUCAGCUAGUCGCGGCGCUGUUUUCACUCGGUUCUGGGACAAGCUGGAUUGGCUGGAUUGGCUGGGUUGGCUGGAUCGGCUGCAGUAUCUGGACCCCUUGAUCCGCCGGACCCCUGGGCGAAGCGAAGGCUGCCGCGAUGUCGGGCAGCCAGGACUACGAUCGCAAGUACCUGCGCAGCAUGCCGGGCCUCUGCAAGCUGGCCUGCUUGCUGUGCAGCUUCGUGGGACUUCUGUGCAUCAUCUGCGGACCCGUGCGCGUGAGCAACUUCCGCGGCAGCUUCUACCUGGCGGUGGUGUCCAUCGGCUUCGUGGCCACCCUGGCCCUGCUCCUGGCCAGGUACCUGCGCGUGUGGCAGCGCCAGUUCUGCCGGUGCGAUCCCACGACCUGGUCCCUGGCGGUGCACUCCUCCCUGGCCCUGGCCUACUUCGCGGCCUCCGGCCUCGUCCUGUCCCUCGACAUCGGGGCCUACACGGCGGCAGCGUUCUUCGGGCUGACCGCAUUUUGCAUCAACGGCCUGGAGGCCUACGGGAACUACAGGCGCAGUCGCCAAAGGGAGGUAGCCACCCAGACCAUAUAGACUCGGAUUCCGGAGGGCAGUCCCAGUUUUGAUUUCGGUGGCUCUGCUACUAGUUUGCUCCACAGUGGUCCGAGUGUGUAUCUGUGCGAGAGCGGGGUCUGUGUGCGUGAGAGCGAGUAUCUGUUGCAUUGAGCACUGCGGGCUGAUAGUUAGGCGCUGGGGUCGGAGAAUAUGGAGUGAUUUGGUCGCCGGAACAGUUAUUGGGUGUCGCCAUGACUAUCUAAUAGUCGCCAGAUAUAGGUCAAGAAGUGAGGCGGAUAAGGGCAGCCGACUCCAGAAAGGAAUAUAUGUAGCAGCGAGCAAAACCAUGAGAAAUACCGGAUGGAAACCACGAAGAGAGCGAAAUUCCGAUGAGAUAUUCGUACCUGGGCUUCUGCCUUUUGUGUUUCUCACCUGAUAACUGGCUAACAAAGCGUACAUGUAUAUACAGAUCUGUACUCAUUUAUGUACCUCAGUUAAGUAAUAUUUGUGUGUCACAAGUAAAUAAACUUUGAAAUAGCUAGUUGGUAAGUGCGAGGCACGGUGCUUUCUGUGAACCGUUUUAUAAGCACUGAAUUGUUAUGAUUAUAAAUAUACAAAUGUUUUGUAAUGCUUAAGUGGAAAUACAUAUCCGUACACCAAUACGUAAAAUGUA